GCCGCCCACCCGGGCACGAGCGAGGGCCGCCCGCCAGGUGCGGCGCCCGGGGCUCCCGCCCGGCCCGCGGGGUCAUGUCGGUCGGCGAGCUGUACAGCCAGUUCACAAGGGUCUGGAUCCCUGACCCUGAUGAAGUGUGGUGCUCGGCUGAAUUAACCAAGGACUACAAAGAGGGAGACAAGACCCUGCGGCUCAAACUGGAAGAUGAAACGAUUCGGGAAUACCCAGUUGACGUCCAGAGCAACCAGCUGCCCUUCUUACGGAAUCCGGAUAUCUUGGUGGGAGAGAAUGACCUCACUGCCCUUAGCUAUCUGCACGAGCCUGCUGUCUUGCAUAAUUUGAAGGUCCGUUUCCUGGAGUCCAACCACAUCUACACCUACUGUGGUAUCGUGCUUGUUGCCAUUAAUCCUUACGAACAGUUGCCAAUCUACGGACAAGAUGUCAUCUAUGCCUACAGUGGCCAAAACAUGGGAGACAUGGACCCCCACAUCUUUGCUGUGGCGGAAGAAGCCUACAAGCAGAUGGCCAGAGAUGAGAAGAACCAGUCCAUCAUCGUCAGCGGGGAGUCUGGAGCCGGGAAGACGGUGUCAGCCAAGUAUGCCAUGCGCUAUUUCGCCACUGUUGGUGGCUCAGCCAGCGAAACCAACAUCGAAGAGAAGGUCCUGGCGUCCAGUCCCAUCAUGGAGGCCAUCGGAAAUGCCAAAACCACUCGCAACGACAACAGCAGCCGCUUUGGAAAGUACAUUCAGAUUGGCUUUGACAAAAGGUAUCACAUCAUCGGGGCCAACAUGAGGACCUACCUGUUGGAGAAGUCCAGAGUGGUCUUCCAGGCAGAUGACGAGAGGAAUUACCACAUCUUUUACCAGCUCUGUGCCGCUGCCAAUCUUCCGGAAUUUAAGGAGCUCGCACUAACAAGCGCGGAGGACUUUUUCUACACGUCACAGGGAGGAGACACGUCCAUCGAGGGUGUGGAUGACGCUGAGGACUUUGAGAAGACACGGCAAGCCUUCACGCUGCUCGGAGUGAGAGAAUCCCAUCAGAUAAGCAUUUUUAAGAUAAUUGCUUCUAUCCUGCACCUCGGAAGUGUGGAGAUUCAGGCCGAGCGCGACGGGGAUUCCUGUAGCAUAUCGCCCCAGGAUGAGCACCUGAACAACUUCUGCCGACUGCUAGGGGUGGAGCACAGUCAGAUGGAGCACUGGCUGUGCCAUCGCAAGCUGGUCACUACCUCAGAGACCUACGUCAAGACCAUGUCCCUGCAGCAGGUGCUCAAUGCCCGCAACGCUCUGGCCAAGCACAUCUAUGCCCAGCUGUUCAGCUGGAUCGUGGAGCACAUCAACAAGGCCCUGCACACGUCCCUCAAGCAGCACUCCUUCAUCGGGGUCCUGGACAUCUACGGGUUUGAGACCUUUGAGGUAAACAGCUUUGAGCAGUUUUGCAUUAAUUACGCAAAUGAGAAGCUCCAGCAGCAGUUCAACUGGCACGUGUUCAAACUAGAGCAAGAAGAAUACAUGAAGGAGCAGAUCCCUUGGACCUUGAUUGACUUUCAUGAUAACCAGCCUUGUAUCGACCUCAUAGAAGCUAAGCUGGGGAUCUUGGACCUACUGGAUGAAGAAUGUAAGGUCCCCAAAGGAACUGACCAGAACUGGGCUCAGAAGCUCUACGACCGGCAUUCCAGCAGCCAGCACUUCCAGAAACCCCGCAUGUCCAACACGGCCUUCAUUGUCGUGCACUUUGCAGAUAAGGUGGAGUACCUUUCAGAUGGCUUUCUGGAGAAAAACAGGGACACGGUGUAUGAAGAACAGAUCAACAUCCUGAAGGCCAGCAAGUUCCCAAUGGUGGCUGACUUGUUUCAUGAUGACAAGGACCCGGUUCCUGCCACCACCACACCUGGAAAGGGAUCAAAGAUCAACAUUCGCUCUGCCAGACCCCCCAUGAAAGCCUCCAACAAGGAGCACAAGAAAACCGUCGGUCACCAGUUCCGCACCUCCCUGCAUCUGCUCAUGGAGACCCUGAAUGCCACGACGCCGCACUACGUCCGCUGCAUCAAGCCCAAUGACGAGAAGCUCCCCUUCCACUUUGACCCGAAGAGAGCGGUGCAGCAGCUCAGAGCCUGCGGGGUGCUGGAGACGAUUCGCAUCAGCGCAGCUGGCUACCCGUCCAGGUGGGCCUACCAUGACUUCUUCAACCGGUAUCGGGUGCUGAUUAAGAAGAAAGAGCUGGCCAACACGGACAAAAAGGCCAUCUGCAAGUCUGUCCUGGAGAACCUUAUCAAGGAUCCCGACAAGUUCCAGUUUGGUCGCACCAAGAUCUUCUUCCGGGCGGGCCAGGUGGCAUACCUGGAGAAGCUGCGGGCUGACAAGUUCCGCGCAGCCACCAUCAUGAUCCAGAAGACCGUCCGGGGCUGGCUGCAGAGGGUGAAGUACCACAGGCUGAAGCGGGCCACGCUGACCCUGCAGAGGUACUGGCGAGGAUACCUGGCCCGCAGGCUGGCCGAGCACCUGCGCAGGACCAGGGCAGCCAUGGUGAUCCAGAAACAGUACCGCAUGUGGAGGGCCCGCCAGGCCUACCGGAGGGUCCGCGGGGCCGCCGUCGUCAUCCAGGCCUUCACUCGGGGCAUGCUGGUGCGGAAGAUGUACCGCGAGGUCCUCAUGGAGCACAAGGCCACUGUCAUCCAGAAGCACGUGCGGGGCUGGGUGGCACGCAGGCGUUUCCAGCGUCUGCGGGCCGCUGCCAUCGUUAUCCAGUGUGCCUUCCGGAGGCUCAAGGCCAGGCAGGAGCUGAAGGCCCUCAGGAUCGAGGCCCGCUCAGCAGAGCACCUGAAACGCCUCAACGUGGGCAUGGAGAACAAGGUGGUCCAGCUGCAGCGGAAGAUCGACGACCAGAACAAAGAGUUCAAGACGCUAUCAGAGCAGUUUUCCACGGCCACCUCCACGUACACCAUGGAGGUGGAGCGGCUGCAGAAGGAGCUGGCACGUUACCAGCAGAGCCCAGGGGAGGACCCCAACCUGAGGCUGCAGGAGGAGGUGGAGACCCUGCGCAGCGAGCUGCAGAAGGCCCACUCGGAGCGCAAGGUCCUGGAGGACGCCCACGGCAGGGAGAAGGACGAGCUGAGGAAGCGAGUUGCAGACCUAGAGCAAGAAAAUGCUCUCUUGAAAGAUGAGAAAGAACAGCUUAACAACCAAAUCCUGUGCCAGUCUAAAGAGGAAUUUGCCCAGGACUCUGCGAAGGAAAAUCUCCUGAUGAAGAAAGAGCUGGAGGAGGAGCGAUCCCGGUACCAGAACCUGGUGAAGGAGUACUCACGGCUGGAGCAGAGAUUCGACAACCUUCGGGACGAGCUCGCCAUCAUAAAGCAAACUCCAGGCCACAGGCGGAACCCCUCGAACCAAAGUAGCUUAGAAUCUGACUCCAACUACCCCUCCGUGUCCACGUCUGAAAUCGGAGACACUGAAGAUGCUCUCCAGCAGGUGGAGGAAAUCGGCCUGGAGAAGGCGGCCAUGGACAUGACCGUCUUCCUGAAGCUGCAGAAGAGAGUACGGGAGCUGGAGCAGGAAAGGAAGAAACUGCAGGUGCAGCUGGAGAAGAGGGAGCAGCAGGACAGCAAGAAAGUCCAGGUGGAACAACCACAGAAUGAUGUAGAUUUGGACCCAGAUGCAGAUCUGGCCUACAAUAGUCUGAAGAGGCAAGAGCUGGAGUCAGAGAACAAGAAGCUGAAGAAUGACCUGAAUGAGCUGAGGAAAGCCAUGGCCGACCAAGCCAUGCAGAACAACUCGAGCCACGGCUCCCCGGACAGCUACAGCCUCCUGCUGGACCAGCUCAAGCUGGCCAACGAGGAGCUGGAGGUGCGCAAGGAGGAGGUGCUCAUCCUCAGGACCCAGAUCGUGAGCGCUGACCAGCGCCGCGGCCGGAGCAUGGAGCCAAACAUCAAUGCCAGGACGAGCUGGCCCAACAGUGAAAAGCACGUAGACCAGGAGGACGCCAUCGAGGCCUACCACGGGGUCUGCCAGACGAACAGCAAGACUGAGGACUGGGGAUAUUUGAAUGAAGAUGGAGAACUCGGCUUGGCCUACCAAGGCCUAAAGCAAGUUGCCAGGUUGCUGGAGGCCCAGCUGCAGGCCCAGAGCCGGGAGCACGAGGAGGAGGUGGAGACUCUGAAGGGCCAGCUGGAGGCCCUCAAGGAGGAGAUGGACAAGCAGCAGCAGACCUUCUGCCAGACGCUGCUGCUCUCCCCGGAGGCCCAGGUGGAGUUUGGCGUCCAGCAGGAGAUAUCCCGGCUGACCAAUGAGAAUCUGGACCUUAAGGAACUGGUAGAAAAGCUGGAAAAGAAUGAGAGAAAGCUCAAGAAGCAACUGAAGAUUUACAUGAAGAAAGUCCAGGACCUAGAAGCUGCCCAGGCGUUGGCUCAGAGUGACAGGAGGCGCCAUGAGCUCACCAGGCAGGUCACGGUGCAGCGGAAGGAGAAGGACUUCCAGGGCAUGCUGGAGUACCACAAGGAGGACGAGGCCCUCCUCAUUCGGAACCUGGUGACAGAGCUGAAGCCCCAGAUGCUGUCGGGCACGGUGCCCUGUCUCCCCGCCUACAUCCUCUACAUGUGCAUCAGGCACGCAGACUACACGAAUGACGACGUCAAGGUGCACUCCUUGCUGACCUCCACCAUCAACGGCAUUAAGAAAGUCCUGAAGAAGCACAACGAUGACUUUGAGAUGACGUCGUUCUGGUUAUCCAACACCUGCCGCCUUCUUCAUUGUUUGAAGCAGUACAGUGGGGAUGAGGGCUUCAUGACUCAGAAUACUGCGAAGCAGAAUGAACACUGUCUGAAGAACUUUGACCUCACUGAAUACCGCCAGGUGCUGAGUGACCUCUCCAUUCAGAUCUACCAGCAGCUCAUUAAAAUUGCGGAGGGUGUGUUGCAGCCUAUGAUAGUUUCUGCCAUGUUGGAAAAUGAGAGCAUUCAGGGUCUCUCUGGAGUGAAGCCGACGGGCUACCGGAAGCGCUCCUCCAGCAUGGCGGAUGGGGAUAACUCGUACUGCCUGGAAGCCAUCAUCCGCCAGAUGAAUUCCUUUCACACAGUCCUGUGUGACCAGGGCCUGGACCCUGAGAUCAUCAUGCAGGUGUUCAAACAGCUUUUCUACAUGAUCAACGCGGUGACUCUGAACAACCUACUUCUGCGGAAGGAUGUCUGCUCUUGGAGCACAGGCAUGCAGCUCAGGUACAACAUCAGUCAACUUGAGGAGUGGCUCCGGGGAAGAAACCUUCACCAGAGUGGAGCAGUUCAGACCAUGGAACCUCUGAUCCAAGCAGCCCAACUCCUGCAAUUAAAGAAGAAAACCCAAGAGGACGCAGAGGCCAUCUGUUCCCUGUGUACCUCCCUCAGCACCCAGCAGAUUGUCAAAAUUUUAAACCUUUAUACUCCUUUGAAUGAAUUUGAAGAACGGGUAACAGUGGCCUUUAUACGAACAAUCCAGGCACAACUACAAGAGCGCAAUGACCCUCAGCAACUGCUGUUAGACUCCAAGCACAUGUUUCCCGUUUUGUUUCCAUUUAAUCCGUCUUCUCUGACCAUGGACUCAAUCCACAUCCCAGCCUGUCUCAACCUGGAGUUCCUCAAUGAAGUCUGAAGGUGCCCAUUUCUAACAUUAGCUUGCUGUACCCAGUGAUGGCAAGAAGGAAGCAUAUCCAGUAAAGUGAAUUCAAGCAUCAGUUAAAGCUUAAAGGCAGAACAGAGAUUGAGAGCCUGUGGCGCAUACUGAACUAUCCAGCAUAAGAUACAUCUCAUUAUUUUUUGUACCUACUGCUCAGAAUAAAAGCACUUGAAAUAUGGAA